AUGACCAUGUCUAUUCUUGAGCUACUGAAGGAAAUUGACAAGCUAGCUAAAAUCAUAAAUGAGAAAAAUAAAGAACUAGAAACAUUACAAAGAAAUUAUGAUUCAAAACUACAUAUGAUCAAUAAAUACAUCGAGACUAUCAGUCCAUCCUCAACAGGCACAAUACCAGAAGAACAACUAAUAAAUGCAAUAUCUAAACCUAUUGAAUGUCCACAUUGUCAUGAAAAGUUAUGGGAUAAUCAAGAGAAAUCUACGUUUUUAUUAAUCCCGAAACAGAAGAUAGACACAAAGUUUGAUACCAUUGCAACUCAAGACGAACAGCCCCAACCACCGACAAUCACAACUAGCAGCAACAAACAGAAAAAGAAAACCAACAUAGUUUGCUCAUAUUGUAAAAUGACUGGUCACACUAGAGCUAAAUGCCGUAAAAGAUUAAACACUCCUAUGUAA